ACGUUUUUUCCACACAAAAUACAGAUUACCAUCAGCAUCAGGCUUCACAUUUGUCUGAUAACUGAUUAAUGAUGUGAGUUAUUAUCAUUUGCCAAGAUUCGAAAUGUCUAUUUUCAAGUUUCAUCUGAACUUCUAAGUACAUUAUAUAUGUAAAAGUGUUGUUUGCGUAGAAAUUUGAUAUUUACUUAUCACAACGCCUGUGAAUACUUUAAAAUGCCAAAAACCAAAAAGAAAUUUAUUGAUAAAAAGAAUUCUGUGACUUUCCAUGUAGUACACAGAAGUCAACAUGAUCCUCUUGUCACUGAUGAAACAGCACCACAGCAUGUUUUGGUUCCUCAAGAAACGCAUAAAACGAAAGGAGUAAAAAAAAAAAAUAAAGACGAGGAAGCUAAAUAUGGUAUAUAUUUUGAUGAUGACUAUGAUUAUUUACAACAUUUAAAAGAGAGCCAAUCAAAUGAUUUUAUUUUAUUGCCUGCACCAACGAAUGCUUCAAAAGAAAAAACUGUUAAACCAAAAGUGAUGUUACCAUCUUCAGUUUUCGAAUCUGAAGUCGAAGAAAAAGUUGGAAUGUUGAAUAAAGCAGCUCCUCAAUCGGGUUUGCGGUUGGAUUUGGAUCCAGACAUAGUUGCGGCAAUGGAUGACGAUUUUGAUUUUAAAAAUCCAGAAAAUGAGUUGGAGGACGAUUUUGUUGUCAUGGCAAACCAACUUGGAUCAAAUGAGGAAUUAAUUGAAUUAGAAGAUGUGAUUGAAGAAUGUGAUGAUUAUGACAGCGAAGCAUAUGAUGAAGUUGGUAGUUUAAAUAUGGAAGAAACUAAAUCGCAGUUUACCAAUUACUCAAUGUCCAGUUCUGUUAUAAGACGCAAUGAAAACCUUAAAUUGAUAGAUGAUCAAUUUGAACAAUUAUUUGCUGCAUAUGAUGAUGCUGAAAUCGGAGCUUUAGAUACAGAAGAAAUCGAGGGGACAUUGACUAUGGAAUCGGAUAUUCUAAAAAAAGCCUCCGAAGAAUUUGAAUUAAAUAUGAAAAAAGAAGGAAUAUCUACGGACAAAUCAUCUGUUUUAAUAUACGAUAGUGAUUCUAACAAUGAAGAACCUACAUAUAAAGUACCAGUUGAUGAGGUUGAUAAAAAAAAAUGGGAUUGUGAGAGUAUACUUUCAACUUAUUCUAAUAUUUACAAUCAUCCUGCACUCAUUAGGGACCCGGUGAUUCAAAAAAUUCAAAUAAAUCCCAGAACGGGAGUGCCUAUAUUACAACAAAGGCUUACAGCUAAAGCAUUGAAGUCACUCGAGAAUAGUAGUACACAGAAUACGGGUACCAAAUCCAUAAUUUCUGCUUUGUCCAUGUUGUCAGUACGGUCUAAAAGUGAAACCCCCGAAGAAAAAUUAAAAAGAAAAAAAGCAUUAAAAGAAUAUAGAAAAGAAAGAAGGCAAGAACGUAAAGCAAACACUGAAGCAUUCAAAGAACAAAAGAAAAAGUUGGAAAAGGAAUUAAUCAAUAGAAACGUUAAUAAGACUGUACGGGUUAUGUAAACAUUUAAGUAUGAGAUUUUUUUAAUCUCCUUGUUAAUAAAAUAUACAUAUUUCCAUUAUUGA